GGAGGUGAGAUCUUAGGCCAGCUCUGAAAGAGGCUGAUUGUAAUGAUUUGCAAGAGUGAAAGUUGCAGGGCUUUCUCCUUAGGAGAUCAACAUCUGCCCUGAUUUAAAGGUGGAAAGUGCCUGAAGCGUGGGAGACCUUAAGGAGACUGACUUCUUAGGCAUUCCAAAGGCCAAUCCGGGGAAAGCCUGAUUUUGAGGAUGUAAUAGUUUUCAGAUGCUUCAAGUGUUGUGAACAGAGACUUGUUCAGAUUAUGUGUUUCUCAGCUAGACUAAAUAAAUGUUAACAAUGGAUAAGUGCCAACACAUUGGUCAGUUGCGGCUUGCUCAAGACCAUUCCAUCCUCAACCCUCAGAAAUGGCAUUGUGUGGACUGCAAUACAACUGAGUCGAUUUGGGCUUGCCUUAGCUGUUCCCAUGUUGCCUGUGGAAGAUAUAUUGAAGAACAUGCUCUCAAGCACUUUCAAGAAAGCAGUCAUCCUGUUGCAUUGGAGGUGAAUGAGAUGUAUGUGUUUUGUUACUUUUGUGAUGAUUAUGUUCUUAAUGAUAAUGCAACUGGAGACCUGAAGUUACUACGAAGUACAUUAAGUGCAAUCAAAAGUCAAAAUUAUCACUGCACCACUCGUAGUGGAAGGGUUUUACAGUCUAUGGGUACAAGUGAUGAUUCUUAUUUCAUACAUGAUGCCACCCAAUCUUUGCUUCAAAAUGAAGAUCAAAUGUAUACUGCCCUUUGGCACAGGAGAAGGAUGCUAAUGGGUAAAAUCUUUCGAACUUGGUUUGAACAAUCACCCAUUGGAAGAAAAAGGCAAGAAGAACAAUUUCGGGAAAAAAUAGCAGCAAAAACAGAAGUGAAGAAAAGACGGCAAGAAUUAGAGUAUCAAGUUAAAGCAGAAUUGGAAAAUAUGCCUCCAAGAAAGAGUUUACGUUUGCAAGGUCUAGCCCAGUCCACCACAGUAGAAAUAGUUCCUGUUCAAGUACCACUACCACCCCCAGCCUCACCAGCAAAAGAUAAAGUAGUAUCUACCUCAGAAGAUGUAAGAUUUAAAAAAGCCAGUGACUUCUCAGUUAAACGAAGGCCAAUAGUGACUCCUGGUGUAACAGGGUUGAGAAAUUUGGGAAAUACUUGCUACAUGAAUUCUGUUCUUCAAGUGUUGAGUCAUUUACUUAUUUUUCGACAGUGUUUUUUAAAACUUGAUCUGAACCGAUGGCUGGCUGUGACAGCUAGUGAUAAGACAAGAUCAUCUUAUAAGCAUCCACCAGUCAAAGAUACAGUAUAUCAAAUGAAUGAAUACCAAGAAAAAGAUACAGGAUCUUUUCGCUCUAGACAUCCAAGUUUAUCAUCAGGACUAAGCGGUGGAGCAUCAAAGAGUAGAAAGAUGGAACUUAUUCAGCCACGGGAGCCAAGUUCCCAAUACAUUUCUCUCUGUCAUGAAUUGCAUAUUUUGUUCCAAGUCAUGUGGUCUGGAAAGUGGGCCUUGGUCUCACCAUUUGCUAUGCUACACUCAGUGUGGAGACUAAUUCCUGCUUUUCGUGGUUAUGCCCAACAAGAUGCUCAGGAAUUUCUUUGUGAACUUUUGGAUAAAAUACAACAUGAACUAGAGACAACUGGUACCAGGUUACCAGCUCUCAUCCCCACUUCUCAAAGGAAACUUAUCAAACAAGUUCUGAAUGUUGUUAAUAACAUUUUUCAUGGACAACUUCUUAGUCAGGUUACAUGUCUUGCAUGUGACAACAAAUCAAAUACCAUAGAACCUUUCUGGGACUUGUCACUGGAAUUUCCAGCAAGAUACCAGUGCAGUGGAAAAGAUACUGCUUCCCAGCCAUGUCUGGUUACUGAAAUGUUGGCCAAAUUCACAGAAACUGAAUCUUUAGAAGGAAAAAUCUACAUGUGUGAUCAUUGUAACUCAAAGCGUAGAAGGUUUUCCUCAAAAGCAGUUGUACUCACAGAAGCCCAAAAGCAGCUUAUGAUUUGCCACCUACCUCAGGUUCUCAGACUACAUCUCAAACGAUUCAGGUGGUCAGGACGUAACCACCGAGAGAAGAUUGGUGUUCAUGUUGGCUUUGAAGAAAUCUUAAACAUGGAGCCCUAUUGCUGCAGGGAGUCCCUGAAAUCCCUCAGACCAGAAUGUUUUGUCUAUGACCUGUCUGCUGUAGUAAUGCACCAUGGGAAAGGAUUUGGCUCAGGACACUAUACUGCCUACUGCUAUAAUUCUGAAGGAGGGUUUUGGGUACACUGCAAUGAUUCCAAGCUAAGCGUGUGCACCAUGGAUGAAGUAUGCAAGGCCCAAGCUUACAUCUUGUUUUAUACCCAGCGAGUUGCUGAGAAUGGACAUUCUAAACUCUUGCCUCCAGAACUCCUGUCUGGUAGCCAACAUCCCAAUGAAGAAGCUGAUACCUCUUCUAAUGAAAUCCUUAGCUGAUCCAAAGACAGUGGGGCUUUGUUCUUAUGAUCUGUAUAUAUACUUUUUUUAAAGGGCUGAUUUAUAAUUUUGAGCUUGUUUUUAUUUUUUACUUAUGAAUCAGUGUACACUGUGUUUAUACAUUUUGUAUCUAACUACAACAAAACUCUUUUUACAAAGUUAGCAGAAAUAAGUGCAUAUCAAUGACAGCCGGUAACUAAACUUUUUUCAAGUACUUAGGAGUUUUAAAACUUUUAGUGUUUACUUCAGACUGGUGUUACCUCUUUUAUAUUUUAAUGUCUUAAUUGGCUCAGAUCAUGAAUUUGUGCAAUCUACUGAAGAAGUUCAGGUGGCAUCAUUUUAUACAAUUCUUAUCUUUUGUAGCUAUUUUCUAUACAAAUUCUUAUUAGAUAGAAAAUUAGAC